AUGGGAUUCAUUCUAAACGGACACAACCAUAAAAUCACUCCUCAUACCGCUUCAAGUCAGAGAAGUGUUGAAAGAGAGCAACAACUUGAUUUCGAGCUGCAUUCUUCAACGACACCUGUUCAAAACCGUUUUCAAGGCAGACCUUUCCUCAUCAAUGCUUUAUUCUCGUUCAAGAAUUUCAUCUUCUUAUUUGUCGUUUGUUCCGUUGUUGUUUUUUGUUUGGCUUAUUGGCUUACCACUCGUUUAUUGUCGACGCAUGUGGCUGAUGAACUCACUCGCGUGAUUUUGAGUACCAUCCUCCAAAAACUUCAAAAUUUGCUUAACGACCGACUGACCUUGGUAAAGGCAUUAACUGUGAGCUUGUAUAGGGAUUGGAAAACUGGACAUAUAAAAUUUGUGAAUGGUCUGGAUGUUACUCAAUGGAGCGAUAAGGAAAUACUUUCAAACAAGCUGUACAUGCAAACAAGAAUUGUGGAUUACAACUUUACUGGCCUCCAAUUCGUGUUUGGAGAGAAUUCCUCAUUUCCACUCUUUAAACAUGGCGUCAUUACAUCCUAUUAUCCCAACUGGGAAAUUGAUAAGUUUAACUUCUUCCAUCAACUUAACAGCACUUCGUUUACUGUACAGCCAUGCCAACUGAAAAGUGGAAUUAUUGACGGUUCUAUUGGCAAUCAAAGAAAUAGUGUUCCCAAUAAGGCCAACACAUUGGAUAUGUGUAACUAUCUCUCCUCACCAGAAGCACUUUCCAACAGCUCGCAAUUUCUGCAAUCUCAGUUUGAAUUAUUGACAGCUAACAUUUCCUAUGCAGUAAUCAAAAACGAUUUAAUGAAGAAAAAACCUCCUAAUUCAGUUGCCAACGGAGUGUGGUAUCAACCGUAUACCACUUCCAUCUAUAAUACCGGCUUGUUCUAUGCCAUGCCUCUUUAUGAUAUGAAUGGUAACUAUCAGGGAUACGUAUCAAGCAUUUUCAAUCUCUUCAAGUUAGCAGGAUGCUUUAAACGAUUCCGAUGCAAGACAAAGGGAUUCGUGGUGUUGUCUGAAUUCACACACAACACUGUUUUAGCAUCCACAGCAGGAGGAAAGACUGCAGACGGUUUAGGCCGAUUAAACAUGUUCGAAAUGACCACAAGCAACAGCGGGAAGGUUUUAAAGGCCGCGUUCGACGCCGGUAUGGACUUUUAUCCUGCAGAAUACUCAGAUUUUCAAAUUGAAGUCGACGGAGUGUUCUAUUUUUUAGCUCACCAACGUUACAAGUUGGAUUCAAUCGAAUGGAGAAUGACCAUUGUUGUGAAUGACGAUAAUUUACAGACCAUUCACUAUCAACAAUUAUAUGUAUCAGUGGCUGUGACAAUAGCAUUCUUUGUGGUUGGUUUGUCUUUUUCCUUCAUGAUUACAUGGAUGGUCAUUAAGCCGCUCCUGUUGCUGCAGAACGAUUUUAAGAAUAUUGCUGUCAUGAAUUUGGAGAAAGUUCAAAAACAUGAAUCUUGGUUUGCCGAGUAUCACUCCAUCUAUGGACACCAACAUGUUAUGGUCAAUUGGUUGAAGGAUAUUCGAUCCUUCCUUCCUCAAAACGUCUUGUUGCAGUUGGAACAAUCUCAGUCACAGGCAGAAACCACAGACACUUCUUCCAGAGAUGCAUAUAAGGUUGAUUCUUCAAUCGUAAUCGUCAAACAGAACGAUGGUAUGGAGAUUCAAGUGUCUAGACAGAACCUCAAAAUGUCUUCGGACAGCUUGAAUCUUGGACGCUCUCAUGAACACGUAUCCAGCUCCAAUUUGACUCAGACGUCACAGCAGAAUCUUCAUCAUUAUCAACACCAAAUAUUUGGAACUGGUUUACAGUAUUACAAGACUAGUAUCGUCAUUUCCAUUCAUUUUGCAAACCUGAAUGACAUGCACCCUCAAGAUAUUGCAAAUGGGUUUGAAAAACUCAUUGAAACUCUCUCACAAAUUUGUUCAAGUGCCAGAGCUAAUUUGCAACUCGUGGAUCCAAGUAAGUUUAGGAUAAUAGUGGAACAUAGAGCACGAGAGGAAGCAUUCAAAAAGAAAGCCUUGUCUAUUGCCCUGAAAGUAGAUGCCACUAUUCGUCAAGUAAAUUCCCUUCUAGAAAAAGAGAAGAGAAUUGGUUUGGAAUUUUACAUUUCCGUUUCGAGUGGAAGUUCGUUUUCAGGUAAUUUAGGAUCUCGUUUUCAAAAAAUAUAUGCUUGCAUUAAUCCAAGCAUUGAAAGAUCGGAUGAAAUGUUGCUGUUAGCAAAGGAGUUUGGCAUGAAUGUGGUGUGUGAUGAGGAAACCAUUUUCGACAUGGUGACCGAGUAUGUUUGCCGACCAUUCGAGAAGUUGAAAUUUGCAACAACGAACGCAGCCCUUAAUCAGGAGAAUUUUCCUCAAUUAAUCUAUCAAGUAAUUGGAGAAAGUCAUGUGAAACAAGAUGAGUGGAUGUAUGAAUUGCAAGAGAAGGAAAAAGCAAAACUAUUCGAUCAAUUCAACGAAGGAGUCAGAGUUUUGUUUUCACAAGAUCAUCAAGUGGACUCUGUUGCUCUGUCUCAUUCUGCGGCGAUUUUAGAAAAAUUCAGCAACGACUAUUAUUCCAAAACGAAGAAGAGGGAUGUUGUGUGCGACAAAUUAGGUUCCGUCAUGAGAGAAAUGGCUAUCAAGGAACAACAAUUCGUCUAUUGCACACAGUUGAGACAUCAUGUGGAGCAAAUAAUGUAA